AUGAAGUUCAUUCAGAGGAAGUGGGUAUUGAACUUCCUCCUGUUAACUAAUGUGUCUUUCAUCUCCAUAGUUUCCCCAUCACUGAACUGUGUGUGUGUGACCUGGAGGAUGGAGAGACAGAGGCCGGUGGAGAAGCAGGCGGACUCUGAUAGAAUCGUAGCGGUCGCCACCACCCCCACUACAUCAGCUCCUGUAACCAUGGCAACAGUCAGCUCCAGCUGCACCACUUGCAACCAGGCGCCCUCCGCUUCCCUCAGCAUCCUCCCAUCUGACAGACCGUCGGUCCAGGUGAUCCAGCAUGCUAUCCACAGACCUCAGAGCAUGGCAGCCCAGUACCUGCAUCAGAUGUACGCAGCCCAGCAGCAGCACCUCAUGCUGCAGACAGCCGCCUUGCAGCAGCACCAGCACAGCCCCCAGCUGCAGAGUUUGGCCACCAUACAGCAGGCGUCGGUCUGUCAGAGGCGGCCUCCGACUCCAUCCCCUGGCAGCUUGGUUCAACCUGCGGGUGUUUCCCAAAGCUCGAUCACUUUACCAGCAUCUCCGGUGACCGCCCAGCUGAUUGGCCGCAGCCACACAUCCAACUCCACCACUACGGCAACCACAUUAUCCCAGCAGGCCAUGCUCCUGGGAAACAGACCAACUAACUGUAACCAGGCUCAGAUGUACCUCCGAACUCAGAUGCUAAUUCUGACUCCUGCAGCUCCGGUGGCUGCAGUUCAAUCAGACCUCCCUGCUGUCACCUCCUGCUCCUCUUUACCUACAUCCUCUCAGAUUCAGAAUCAGGCUCUGCGUGCCCACUUACCUGGGGCUCUGGCUACAGCCCACAGUGUCAUCUUGAAGCCGUCCACCCAGCCGCAAGCCCUGUCUUCAUCCGCCUCUUUGUCAAAGACGUCAAUCUGUGCUCUGAAGACCAACCAGCUGAUUGACACCUCGACUGAGACCAGUCAGUCUGGACCCCACAUCAUGAGCCGAGCCUUUUCUCCUGUGCAGACCCACGCUCUGGUCAAACAGCAGCUGUCCUGGCCAUCCGGCCAGCGGGUGGCGCACCAUCAGCUCAUCCUGCAGCAGACCACAGCAGGCGCCCUGAACCACAGACACCUCCAGCCCAUCGCCCUAAGAGUAGCCCCCCAGGAAGCAAAUUCACACCAACUUCCUCUUCCUCUGAAAAGACUGACUACUCCCAGCACCCAAUCACAUACCAACUGUGACCCUCACAGCCCCUCUUCUUCUACAUUAUCUUCCUCUUCUUCAUCCAUCACCAGCAUAUUUGCAUCAUCAGCUCAGAACUCAAUCCCAGCUGCCACCGUUCAGCCACAGCCUCCUCCUCUGCUGGCCGCGCCGCAGCGCCGAACAUUAUUCCCACAAGUGCAGAAUCAGCCUCCGCCUCCUCCUCCGCCUCUGGUUCUCCCCAGGCUGCCCCAGAACCCCCCGGCCUCGCUUCAGAGGCUGUCCCUGCACUCGGUCCGGGCCUUGUCCGUCCAGUCGGGGCAGGUGCUGGUGACAGAGCAGGAGCUGCCUGUAGCGGAGACCCUCCUCCAGAUGCCCUACCGGAACCUGCCCCCUCCUCAGACGGUGGCUGUUGACCUGAAAGUGCAUGUGGUCAGACGCAAUGACAAUCCACCAUCGGGGCAAACGUGCAAAGUGAACAGCCUGAACCCAGAGGAGAAGAUAGACAGAUGUUCGUCAAGUCGACAGAGAGACCGGACCCCCACAUCCCUCAUUGUGACUCCUAAGCAAAAUGGUGCAGUGAUGGGUUCGUCCCCUGUCAUCUCCAGUCCCUCAGUGAUCAGGUCACCACAGGUGGAGGAGUCCUCCCAGCUCACCACGACCAGCAGCACUAGCAGCAUCCCUCCUCCUCCUCCACCUUCCCCUCUACCUCCUCCCAUCCUUCCUACCACAGUCAGAGGCCCUAGCCAGCCGCCCUCCGCCCCAGCCAGCCUCCCAGGAAGCCCCGACAGGAUACUGACGACCCACGUCCUCACACACCUCAUAGAGGGCUUCGUCAUCAGAGAGGGCCUCGAGCCAUUCCCAAUGCAGGUGGGUGCUUCCUCGCUCUUAGGGGACCAGCAGGCUUCACUUCCAGAGUCACGGGAGAUACACACCAACGGGAACGCAGCAGCAGAGGACAGUCCUCUGGAUGCUGACCAGUCAGAUUCAACAGACUCAGAGAUGGACAACGAUGAGCACACAGCAGAUGGUGAAGAGCUAGCCGAGAGCGUGCCGGCGGUGCUGCAGUGUGAAUACUGCAGGAGCAGAGGUUACACUCAGACGUGUCUUCGCUCCAAACGCUUCUGCUCCAUGAAGUGUGUCAGAAGGUUCAGUGUGAGCUGCACCAAGCGGAUCACCGUGCUGCGAGCAGGCCGCUGGGGUCACAGGCCGAUGGGCAGGAGGGGACGACCUCCCAGCAGAGUCAACGGAGCCUCCAGAGAACAUUUCCUGAGACAGGCUCCCGGGUCAGUUGCCUCGGGGGAGACUCAGCAGUGCUCACCGAGAGAGGACGAAGAGGAGGCUCAGGAGGAAGAGGAGGCUCAGGAGGAAGAGGAGGACCAGGAGGAGGAGGAGGAGGAGGAAGAGGAACGGGAAGACGUAGACGAUCCUCCCAUUCCCAUGAAGACCAGGUUAAGGAAGCAAGUUGAAAGAGACCGAGAGAGGGAGAGAGAGCAGAGGAUGCCAGAAUCGAUCAGUGUUUCUGACGGAGAUGAGGACGUCGGCCGUCCGUCCCAGUGGAACGUGCAACAAGUGUUUUCUUAUAUCAACUCUCUGCCAGGCGGUCGAGUUGUUUCUGAAGAGUUUCGCUCGCAGGAAAUCGACGGUCAGGCUCUGCUGCUUCUCACCGAGGAUCACCUGGUCAGCACCAUGAACCUGAAACUGGGGCCUGCACUCAAACUCUGUGCCCACAUCAACUCUCUGAAAGAUGCAUGAGCCUGUAACAUUCCUAUUCAGGGCCAGGUCAAAGAAAAACUGUUUUUCGGGCUGAUUUCUGGUUCCAUUGGUGAAAACAUGGAGCAGAUCGUGAAGUGAUCUGAAAUCCUGGACGCACAGAUUUUCCAGAAACCACUGCCAUGGCUUUCUCUCCUGACACCUGCAGCUGUUUCCAGUUGUUCGUCAGAUUGAAGUCCACUCAGAGAGAUGAGCAGUUUUAAUUCUGUUACCUCCGGUCAUUCCAUCAUAGUGAUUGUAGCUCCACUUAUCCAUUUGUUUCAAAAUGGUUCCAGAAAAUCUUUGUAUCAUUUGUAAACAGGCGAUCAACUUAAAAUUGACAAGAUGUUGCUGUGUGAUCUUCAAGGUUUUCAAAACAGAUGAUUGCCUAAUGUUGUGAUUUUUACAUGUAUCAUCAGCAAAACAGUUAAAAUAAGUAUGAAAACUAA